CUAAUACUGUGCCUUCCAUGACAGGUGGUGCUGGAAGUAAACAGCGAAUUUAUUGUCGAGGUGAAAGAACUAGACAUUGAAAAUGGCACGACAACGUGGCAAACUGUCAGAAGACAAAAGCGGGAGUGGAUCAAGUUCGCAGCUGCCUGUCGAGAAGGAGAGGACAACUCGAAGAGGAAUCCAAUUGCCAGAAUUCGAUCAGACUGUGAAGUGAAUCAUAAGAUUACAUACCGAAUCUCUGGAGCAGGGAUUGAUCGGCCACCUUACGGGGUGUUCACCAUUAAUCCUCGCACUGGGGAAAUUAACAUCACUUCGGUGGUGGACAGAGAGAUAACUCCACUCUUCCUGAUCUAUUGCCGGGCUCUGAAUUCACGGGGUGAAGAUUUAGAGAGACCGCUGGAGCUCAGAGUCAAAGUUAUGGACAUAAAUGAUAACCCCCCGGUCUUCACACAGAACGUGUACACAGCCAGCAUUGAAGAAAACAGUGACGCCAAUGCACUGGUGAUAAAGCUAAGUGCCACAGAUGCAGAUGAAGACAAUCAUUUGAAUUCUAAAAUCGCCUACAAGAUCAUUUCUCAGGAGCCUGCAGGUGCACCAAUGUUCAUUGUGAACAGGUACACUGGAGAAGUCCGCACCAUGUCCAGUUUCCUUGACAGAGAGCAACACAGUAUGUACAACCUACUUGUGCGGGGCUCUGAUCGUGAUGGAGCUGAAGAUGGACUGUCCUCUGAGUGUGACUGUAGAAUCAAGGUUUUGGAUGUCAAUGAUAAUUUCCCCAUCUUAGAGAAGACUUCAUACUCAGCAAGCAUUGAAGAAAAUUGUUUGAGUUCAGAACUGAUCAGACUACGAGCAAUCGAUCUUGAUGAAGAAGGCACCGAUAAUUGGUUGGCACAAUAUUUAAUCCUUUCUGGAAAUGAUGGAAACUGGUUUGAUAUUCAAACAGACCCACGUACCAAUGAAGGCAUUUUGAAAGUAGUCAAGACCCUGGAUUAUGAACAAGUGCCUAAUGUUAAUCUUGGUAUUGGAGUUAAAAACCAAGCUGAUUUUCACCACUCCGUUGCUUCUCAAUUCCGAAUGCACUCAACCCCUGUGAGAAUUCAAAUUGUUAACGUGAGAGAAGGACCCACAUUUCAUCCUAGUUCCAUGACUUUUAGUGUACGGGAAGGAAUAAGAGGAGAUUCCUUAUUGAAUUAUGUGCUUGGCACAUACACAGCCAUGGAUAUGGACACAGGAAAUCCUGCAACAAAUGUCAGGUAUAUCAUAGGGCAUGAUGCAGGCAACUGGUUAAAAGUUGAUUCAAGGACUGGUGAAAUACAAUUCUCUAGAGAAUUUGAUAAGAAGUCAAAAUAUAUUACCAAUGGGAUGUACACAGCACAGAUCCUGGCUAUAGAUGACGGCUCUAGGAAAACAGCUACAGGAACCAUAUGUAUUGAGGUUCCUGAUGUCAAUGACUACUGUCCAGUCAUUUGUCCUGAAAGUAGCACCACCUGCAUGGUUUCUCCAUCGGUCCCUAUCUAUGUUAGUGAUCAUUCUUAUGGGGCUCCCUUUACCUUCUGUGUUGUUGAUGAACCACCAGGAACAGCUGACAUAUGGAAUAUCGAACCAAUAAAUGGAACCUUUGCAAUCCUGACAACUGAUGAGGUGAUAUCUCCAGGACUUCACCAAAUCCCAAUCCUAGUGAAGGACAGCUAUAACAGGGCAUGUGAAUUGCCACAGAUUGUGCAAUUUGAUGCCUGCAGUUGUGAUAGCAAUGGCAUAUGCCUGCACUCUAGCACUCCUGGUAUCUAUAAUGAAGACAUCAGCUCAUCCCCUGAUGACAUGUAUGGGACAAUCACUGAUGACCAAGCUGGAGAUUCAAAUGUUGGUCUUGGACCAGCAGCAAUUGGCAUGAUGGUGAUGGGUGGCUUACUUCUGCUCUUGUCGCCACUCUUGCUGCUCAUGUGCUGCUGCAAACGAAGACAACCAGAGGGCCUGGGGACCAGGUUUGCUCCUGUGCCUGAGGGUGGAGAAGGAGUGAUGCAGUCCUGGAGGAUAGAGGGGGCCCAACCCGAGGACAGGGAUGUGUCCAAUAUAUGCGCACCCAUGACAGCCUCUAAUACCCAGGAUCGUAUUGAUUCCUCUGAAAUCUACACCAACACCUAUGCAGGUGGAGGAACAGUUGAAGGAGGUGUGUCAGGAGUGGAACUCAAUACAGGCGUUGGAAUGGCUGAGGGCAUGGUGGCUGGAGGAGCUAUGGGGACCUUGAGGAAGAGGAGUUCUACCAUAGGCACCCUGCGGGAGUAUGCAGACACCGGCAUGAACAUGGCCUUCCUGGACAGCUACUUCUCAGAGAAAGCAUACGCAUAUGCAGAUGAGGAUGAAGGCCGACCAGCCAAUGACUGCUUGCUUAUCUACGACCACGAGGGAGUUGGGUCACCUGUGGGCUCCAUUGGUUGCUGCAGUUGGAUCGUGGACGACCUGGAUGAAAGCUACAUGGAAACUUUAGAUCCAAAAUUUAGGACUCUUGCUGAAAUCUGCUUAGACACCGAAAUUGAGCCAUUUCCUUCACACCAGGCCUGUAUCCCUAUCAGUACUGACCUCCCUUUGCUGGGACCUAAUUACUUUGUUAAUGAAUCUUCAGGAAUGACUCUCUCAGAAGCUGAAUUCCAAGCAGAAAUGGCAGCCUCUGAACCCGUGAUUCAUGGGGAUAUCAUAGUGACUGAGACUUACACUACUGCUGACCCAUGUGUACAACCCACAACAAUUGUUUUUGAUCCUCAGCUUCCUCCCAAUGUUGUAGUAACAGAAACAGUGAUGGCACCUGUCUAUGAUGUUCAAGGGAAUAUUUGUGUGCCUGCCGAGUUAGCCAACACACACAAUGUAUACUAUGCUGAGAGAGUCCUGUCUAGCCCUGGUAUGCCUGACAUGAACAAUGGUAGCAUGACUGAUGGUUGUAUGGGACCUGUGAUGAGUGGCGGUAUUUUGGUAGGGCCAGAAAUUCAAGUGACACAAAUGGUGAGUCCAGACAUUCACAUAAGCCAAACCAUUGGCUCUACAUCCCCAAUGACGUCUCGACACAGAGUGACAAGAUAUAGUAACAUACAUUACUCCCAACAGUAA